AUUCUCAGUGAAUAUGGUAUACCACAUUGGCAACAUUGGUCGCGUCAAAAACGAGGAUUCCUUCAUCGGAGCGCCUGAGAGGAGGCAGCUCUGCCGCGUCCCACGCUCGAAAUGUCGCUUCUACCGGACACUGGGGUGCAUCGACAGCACACGGCGUCGGCGUCUGCCUGCCAGUUCUUCUCACACUCUCACUCCAUCACCUGUUCUUCCACGACAUGACCCGUCUGGGCGCGGCCCUACGCUCAUUCGAUUGUCUGGCGAGCACGAAUCGUAAGCGCUGUUGGUAGGCGUGAUUACUUCGCAUGGUAUGUACGCGAGAAAGAGCAAGAUGUGCAUCGAGGCCGGAUCUGGGUCGAAGAUAUGCAGAAGUAGCAAUCCAAUCUCGGCGCUGCACUUCCUCGGGUAUACCUCACCACAUCUCUCCAGCAGCAUCUGAUGCUGUCAUUUCUCUGUCAGCGAAGUACCCGCGUGCUUUCUGGUAUGCACAUCAAGAGACAUCUUUCUCAUAUUCUUCGAGAGUCAACAUGCACUGUUGCCAAUGAGCGAGCAGAUUCCGCGACUCCUCCUGCGCCAUCACCAUAACUCGACAAGCCCGAAAACGGUCAGCACGCAAUAAUGAAAAAACGGCAGAUCAUAUUGGAAAGGACUUGGAGGAAUCUGGACGUUCUCUCCCGGUGUCAUUCACAGCUGCGUGAUGAUGUGAUCACUGGGACUACAACUUCCACAUAUGCGCUCGGGUGAAUCCUCUGGGGCAAGUCACAUGCGGAUUU